AUGGACCCUUCCAGCUCCUCCAGCUCCCGCUUGGCCGUCGGCUCCCCGGGUCCCAGCGCCGCCGCGCUCCAGUUCUCGAAGGAGCCCAAAAAGUGGGACGAGUUUGAAGAUAUGUUAGAGGAAAGGAGGCGUGUCAGCGACUUGAAGUUUGCGAUGAAGUGCUACACCCCUCGCCUGUACAAGGCCCUCAUCCCGUGCACGCCCCACGACAUUAAGGGUAGCGUUCUCGACUCCGAAGAGGUGUACUACAUCAUCAAGGAGAUCUCCAAGGAGACCCACCGGUCCCAGGAGGCCCUGCGCGAGGAAGUGUGCCAGAUCUUGGACGAAAUGUGCCACAAGCUGCGCCUGGGAGCCAUCCGGUUUUUCGCCUUUGCCCUGAGCAAAAUAUUUAAACAAAUCUACUCCAAAGUGUGUGUCAACGAAGAAGGCAUUCAGAAACUGCAGCGAGCCAUCCAGGAGCACCCCGUGGUCCUGCUGCCCAGCCACCGGAGCUAUAUCGACUUCCUGAUGCUGUCCUUCCUCCUGUACAACUACGACCUGCCGGUGCCGGUCAUCGCGGCGGGCAUGGACUUCCUGGGGAUGAAGAUGGUCGGGGAGCUGCUGCGCAUGUCCGGCGCCUUCUUCAUACGACGCACCUUCGGCGGCAACAGGCUCUACUGGGCCGUGUUCGCCGAAUACGUCAAAACCAUGCUGCGGAAUGGUUAUGCUCCUGUUGAAUUUUUCCUCGAAGGGAAAAGAAGCCGUUCCGCCAAGACUCUGUCUCCUCGGUUUGGUCUCCUGAAUGUUGUGAUGGAACCCUUUUUCAAAAGAGAAGUCUUUGACACCUACCUUGUUCCGAUUAGCAUCAGUUACGAUAAGAUAUUGGAAGAAACCCUCUAUGUGUAUGAGCUUUUAGGGGUGCCCAAGCCAAAGGAAUCUACGACCGGAUUGCUGAAGGCCAGGAGGAUUCUCUCGGAAAACUUCGGCAGCAUCCACGUGUACUUCGGGGAGCCCGUGUCGCUGCGAUCGCUGGCCGCUGGGAGGCUGAGCCGAAGCCCCUAUAACCUGGUCCCCAGGUACAUCCCUCAGAAGCAGCCGGAGGAAAUGACGGCCUUCGUCACCGAGGUGGCUUACAAGAUGCAGCUCCUGCAGAUCGAGAACCUGGUGCUGAGCCCGUGGGUCCUGAUCGCCACGGUCCUGCUGCGGUUCGGGCCGGCCAUGGACUUCGACGCCCUGGUGGAGAAGACGCUGUGGCUGAGGGGCCUGACCCAGGCCUUCGGCGGCUUCCUCCGGUGGCCCGACGGUGAGCCCGUGGACGAGGUGGUCCAGGCCAGCAUCCACCUGCACUCCAACAUCGUCAGCCUCGACCGGGACCGCGUGGCCCUGAGAGUGGACUCCGGGGACUCAGAGACUGUGGACGGCCUCCUCUACCAGAACAUCACGCUCCUCACCUGCGCCACCUACAGGAACCAGCUGCUCAACGUCUUCGCCCGGCCCGCCCUGGUGGCCCUGGCGCUGCAGGCGGCUGACGGGGGCAAGAAAGAGCACGUCUACUCCUGCUUCCGCUUCCUGCUUGACGUCUUGUCGGAUGAGUUCAUCUUCCUUCCGGGAAACCAAGUGAAGGACUUUGAAGAAGGCUGCUACCUGCUCAGUAAAAUCGAGGCCAUUCAGGUGGCAACGAGGGACAUCCAGGUUACGGAGGAGGGGAAGACUGUGUGCGAGUUCUUAGUCGGACUCUUUAAGCCUUUUGUGGAGGGUUACCAGAUCAUUUGCAAAUUCUUCCUGGAGGAGGAGAAAGACGGCUUCCUGGAGCAGGAGUACCUGGUCCGGGUGAGGGCGUUCACCGGCCAGCUUCUCGACCAAGGCGCCUCGCAGUGUUUCGACGUCCUGUCCGCCGACCUGCAGAAGAACGCCCUGGCGGCCCUGGCACGGCUGGGCGUGGUGGAGAAGAGGAAGGUAGAGAACAGCUAUGUGUACAUUGUGAACGAGCCCACGGCAGUGAAGCUAGACGAGAUGCUUGAUGGUAAGGUGCCAGUAGGAAAACCAGCAACUGCUAAACUUUAA